UUUUGCUUUAUCACAAUGUAGCACUCCAUGAAAUGCAUUGUGAGAUCUUUGUUCUCUUACACUUUCCAUCUCUCUUUCUCUUUUUAUCUCAAGCACUGAAUUAUGCAUCUAUCUCAUUUUGAACGUAGAAAGUGUUGUGGUACUCGGAUGCGUGUUGCCAGACUAUAAACAGCUGAUCUAAGAUUAAGCGUCAUUUUCGUGCAAGAAACAAUGACAAGUACAAAUUUUGUGAUACAUAUUUAUUUGUUUUUAGUCUUUUUAUUAUCGUGUUAUCAAGCAAAAUCAUAUCACGCUGUAGUCAUAAUUCAUGGAGUCCUUACUGGAAGCGAUAGCAUGGAAACAAUUAGUAACAGAAUCCAGGAGAUACACCCUGGGACUCCAGUUUAUAAUACUGUCAGGUUUGCAGGCUGGAGUAGCCUGGAACCUAUGUGGCAACAGGUAGAGGAAAUUGGUAUGGAUGUACUUUCUAUAGGUGCUGCAUUUCCUGAAGGAAUUAAUUUAAUAGGGUACAGCCAGGGUGGUUUAUUAGCUAGAGCAAUAUUACAAAGAUUUCCGAUGCAUAAUGUAAGAAAUUUUAUUUCUUUGAGUUCGCCACAAGCAGGACAAUAUGGAACACGUUUUCUGCAUUUGUUCUUUCCUGAUCUAGUUUGUGAAACUGCCUAUGAACUUUUUUAUUCACGACUUGGACAACAUACUAGUGUUGGAAAUUAUUGGAAUGAUCCUUAUCAUCAAGAACUAUAUUUUAAAUACAGCAAAUUUUUACCAUAUGUGAACAAUGAAAUAGAUGUUUACAAUAAUUCUGAUUAUAAAACAGGUCUAACUAAGCUAAAACGUAUGAUACUUAUCGGAGGACCAGAUGAUGGGGUUAUCACUCCAUGGCAAAGUAGCCAUUUUGGAUAUUAUGAUAAUAACAACACUGUGAUAGAAAUGCGUGACAGAUCUAUUUAUAAGAAUGAUUCAAUUGGCUUGAAAACAUUAGAUAAACAGGGAAAACUAAAACUCAUUACUGUACCAGGAAUUCCUCAUACUGAAUGGCAUAAAAAUAUCUCAAUAAUAGAUCACUUUUUAUUACCACACUUAGAUUAAAUUUAUUAAAAUGUAGGUGAAAUAGAAUUAAAAUUUGCUAAAUAUCAUGUUUAGAAAAUUCAAAGAAUUUAUCAUCACAUAAUAAAAAAUUACAAAUUAAUUAUAAGUUUAUUCUUAUUAUGACAUUUUUUUUUAUAUUUUAUAUUGAAAUUAAAUUCAUAUAUAUUUAAAAAAGAGACAAACAUGACAUAUAUAUAUAUAUAAUACUAAAAUUUUUUUAUAUCAUAUAGAUAAGUGAUUUUAAUUGUACAU